GAUGUCCCGGUUAGAGGAGCUUUCAGCUGUUAAAUCUUGUUCAUUGAAUGCUUAACGACCUUGCCCUGUAGACACAGAUGCCAGCAUCCUUAAAUACACUCUAAACGCCUGAGCUUCAUUGUGCUGAGUUCUUCGAUAUCUUUUGUGGGUCAUUUAAGGACAUAAAGGAGCAUUUGAGGCCAAGUAUCUUGUCUGGGAGCCAACCAGUGAUUUUCAGAUGCUGUCUACCUCAGAUAAACCUACUGAAGAUGAAGCACCCAGUAGGACCUCAUGGACUACCACUCUUGUUUUGACCGUUUGCUCUGCUGCUAUUGGAGGAACUUUCCAGUAUGGCUACAAUCUGUCAAUCAUCAACGCUCCCACCAGCUACAUCCAGACCUUCAUCAAUGACACCUACAUGGAACGGUGGGGUAUUGGCUUGGAUACCCCCCAAGUCACAUUAGUAUGGACUUUCAUUGUAUCUGCCUUCUCUCUGGGUGGAUUGUUUGGAGCCCUGCUUGCUGGACCUAUGGCUGUCCACUUUGGAAGGAAGAAAUCAUUACUUCUCAAUAAUACGUUUAUGGUAGUCGCUACUGUCCUCGUGCUAACAUGUCAAAUGGCUGGAUCCUUCGAGAUGAUCAUACUCGCCCGAUUUCUUGUUGGCAUGAAUUCGGGUGUGAGCAUGAACAUCCAACCCAUGUAUUUUGGUGAGAGCGCCCCCAUGCAUCUAAGAGGAGCCGUUGCGUUUUCAUCUGCUGUUUUCACUGCCUUUGGAAUAUUCCUGGGCCAGGUGAUUGGACUUACCGAGAUUCUUGGCGCGAAAGAGGUUUGGCCUUACUUAUUAGCUAGCAAUGCCGUACCAUCACUCAUCCAAGUUCUAACCCUACCCUGGUUCCCUGAAAGCCCCAGGUACCUCCUCAUCGACAAAGGAGAUCGGGAAUCUUGUGAAAACGCGCUAGUCAGACUCCGUGGCGGAAAACUUCCUACUCUGGAAAUGGAGGAGAUGAUUCAAGAAAAGGAGCAGCUAAAAUCUUCUGCUAUCAACACUAAUUCCAAAGCUAAAACCCCGUGGGCACUCAUCAAGGACAAGGAUCUUCGAACUCAACUCAGAACUGUCAUGGCUGCGAGUAGUGCCAUGAUGCUUUGCGGAAACGACUCCAUCUACUUUUACGCUUACUACAUUUUCCUAGCUGCUGGCAUACCUCCACAGAAAAUCCAAUACGCCACAAUCGGUACUGGCGCAUCUGAAUUUCUCUCUUCAAUCCUCAGUAACUUUUUGAUCGAACGUGCCGGCCGACGCUACCUUCUGAUUGGAGGGUAUAGCCUGAUGUCUUGCUGGAGCUUUAUUUUCACGAUAGCGCUAGUUCUUCAAAGCCAAGGCGUAGCGGGUAUGCCGUAUUUAAGCAUGGUAUGUGUUUUUGCGUAUAUUUUAAGUUUUGGAUUGGGACCAGCUGGAGUUACCGGAGUUUUACCAGCAGAAAUUUUCGACCAGUCAGCUCGACCGGCUGCAUACAUGAUUGCCGGUUCGUUCAUGUGGGCAAGUUUGUUUUUAGUCGGUAUGUUGUUCCCAUUCAUUGUUAACACCUUAGGAGACUAUUGCUUCUUGCCUUUUUUGGUUGUCUGUGUUGUGUCCGCCAUAUUUUUAGGUUGGAUUCUACCGGAAACCAAAGGAAAGACGUUGGCGGAGAUAACUUUGGAAUUUGAUAAGAAGAAUGCAGGAAGUGGAGGAAACAGGCAAAACAAGCUAAUCGACAGCCCUGGCGUAGCGCUGUACCAACCGGCGAAGGCUAGCUCUUUCUCAACGUUGUCACAUGAGGAAGACCCCAUGGUGAAGAGUAGAGAAUGAGAAGUGAAUCAACAAUUCAAACUGAGAAAGUAGGAUUAUGUUACUACGCUAAGAGCUAGGUUGUACUGUUCCCAUAAUUUGAUCUGUUUUUGAAAGUAUAAUGGGAAAAAAGUCAGUAGGAAAGAAAAAGUAUACAGUGUAGCUUUAGAUCAGAGGUGGGCACUUAUUUAGUUUUUAGCAAUUUAGCUUUAGUCCAUGCACGAGGUAAAAUUAUAAAAUAUUUAUUUUAUAAUUCUAAAUGAUCUUAAAUGGGCCAGUCAGAGUCAACCAAAGGGCCAUAUGAGGCCUUGGAGUUGUACAAUGCUGAGGUCAGCUUUAGAUAAAAAAUAUAUAUUUUUGCAUUAUAUUCUUAAACUUGAUUAAUUAUUUAUUUAUCUGAAUGAGCAUGUGCCAACUGAUUGUAAUGUGUUUUUGAGAUUCAGUCAUUCAUUGUUUGUAAGAUUAGCAAGGAUUUGCAUUCAGACAGAUCAACUACCAGUAUACAUCCAGGAGCUAUUAUGUAGCUAUCUGGUGGUGGCACAUCACCUGCAUGAUUUAAAACUGAAGUUAUAACCACACAAGUCUUUCAGGGCAAUAAACACAACCAAAUUAAAUAAUUAGGCUAAAAGGUUACAUACUGUGGCUUUAAGAAUGUAAAUAUUAAGAUUAAAGGUCCUGUAUUACGCAAUAUGGAAGAUUCUUGUGAGCUUAAAAGUAUAAUAUAAUGCUUUUACCUUUGCAAAAACAUACUAGAGUUGUGUUUUGUUUCAUUCACAUAUGUUUGAGUCACAUUUUAUUAUUAGUUUGCAUCUCCAAAGCUCAAAAUGCUCUGUUCCAAUUUGUGAUGUCAUGAAGCUGUAGUUUUCAAGUUAACUGCUCCUUUUACCUUUUCUUCAGUAGAGAUUGUAAAUUCCAGGAUUGAAAUUAUUCAGAAGGUGGAACAGUGAUUUUGUUUGAGAAAGAACUCCUAAAAAUCCUAAAUAUGCAGGGUUUGUAUCUUAAACAUGUAUGAAUGAAACAAAAAAAGACCUCUAUGUUAACACGGAUCAGAAAAUAGCAUAAUAUGACCUUUUUAAGAGUGGCCAGUUUCGUUGGUACCUCCCUCUACCUGUACCACCCAAUAAUAAAAAUCUGUUAAUGAUUGCAAAUUAUAUCUGGUAGCUAUUUUGAAACAACUUCUUCCUGUUGCCUGCCUUAUCUGUAUUUUCAUAUUUCAAAACCAGUCACCCGUCCCUUGAUGUGCACUAAAGCAUUUGCACUAUUUCCUAUUUUCUUAUGGAGUGGAGACUCAAGUGACCUUUUUUCUGACUUUUUGUUGUUAUAGUAAUAAUAUUUAAAAUGGUAAUACUUAAACUGCAAUGUAAAUAAAUUAGAUUGUGCGUUAACAUGUGGCUGGAACUAGAUCAGUUUUCCAAAGAUAAACAAGAAGAUAUAUAGUUACUGCACUGUUCGAUCGCGAUGCUAGAAAAUUUCUUUAUUUUUUUAUAUUUAUUAUAACACAGAAAAUAUUUAUUGAACACUUAAAGGUGCGUUGUGUAAUUUUUCCAACUGAGGGCCCAUCAAAUGCUUUUUCACCAUGGAGAUGUUAUUGCUUUGCCUGGAAUGUUUCACAGUAUGUUUUUUUUUAAAUGGCGUUUUCUGUCUUCAUGGAGACCAAACCAGACCAAGGUCAGAUCUGUGGAGAGGCGACCUCUGUCACGUCAGAAUACCUGUAUUUCUAAGUAUUUUUGAGCUAGAAAACCAUCUAUAAUUGAAUAAAUGUAAGGUAGAGCUGUUUAAUGGCAUACUGUGGAGCAUUUCAGGCAGAGCAAUGACAUAUCCAUAGAAACAAGCAGAUGACAGACCCUUCACCAGAAAAGUUACACAGUGCACCUUUAAAAUGACUUAUGAAAUAUGUCAGCUGUGGAGUUUGACUGAAGUUAUAACUGCACUGAGAUGUGUUGCUCUAUUUCUACAUGUGAUGUUUUCUGUAUAUUUAAAUUAUAUUUUUAGAAUAUUCAUUUAUUCAGUGGCAUUGAGUAUUUUUCCCCCUCUUUUUAGUAACUUGUUGAUAUUAGAACUGAAGAAGAUGAAUGGCAAAAUAUACUGACUUUAAAAGCUUAUGAAAAUUAACCUUUUUUCUACCAUUGUGCUUUUUUUUUUCUUUUUUUGCAUAUGUAAAGGAUUCUAAUGACAUUUUGGAUAUAUCUGUACAUACCUAAAUCAGCUUAAUUGUAUGCAUUUAUGAAAUACUUUCCGUAGCAGACUUGCAAUACAUAAGUAGGCCUUAUUACCUAAUACUAAAAUUUCUAACGAGAUUUCAAUAGGACAAAGGAAAUCGCUACUAAUUCCACUAACACAAGACCUAUACACACUUUUUUAAACAGCAUCUAAAUUUCAACUCUUAAUAGUAGGCCAUAAUUGUUUGACUAAUAUUACUUUGUGGUCAAACAGGUGGAAAUGUGAAAUAUGAAAGAACUGCUACAGUCUGAAAACAAAUAUGCCAGUAAGUCUACAACCAGUAAGCAGUUAGCUAAACAACAGGGACACUGCAGACUACAUCACAUUUAUCACUGAUACAGAUUUUGGGAUCCUUAAAGGUCCUUUAUUAUGUAAAAUUGACUCUUGUGAGCUUUUAGCCAUGUUAGAAUGUGUUUACCUCCUCAAAAACAGAUCUAGAGUUGUGUUUUGUUUCGUUCACACAUG